UGAACAGCAAGGAUGAAGUGCUGAAGAUAUCUCACAAUCUGGAGAUAAAUCUUCCUCCUUCAAUACACUCCCUUCAUCCUGGUAGCGUGGUUACUGUAGAGAUUGGUUCUACGGUUCGGCUGCAAUGUAAAGCUGACGGUCACCCUAAGCCUGCAGUUUAUUGGUCUAGACAGCACAACCAAGCAUUUCCUGGAGAGUCAAGGCAGCUACGAAGUCAAGGAGACACAGUAAUACUAGAGGGAGUGAAACGGGAUUUUGCUGGGGAGUACUUUUGUAAUGCAGAUAAUGGAGUAGGUUCAUCACCAACUGUGGAAUCUAUUCAGCUAGAUGUACUCUAUCCUCCUGAAGUAUCUGUUGAGAAGGUUUAUCAUCAUGUUCCUCUCGGGGAAUCCGUUACUCUAAUCUGCUUUGUAUUUGCUAAUCCACAACCAAAGAUAAACUGGUAUAAGAAUACUAUGAAAAUACUGGAUGGAGAAAGAAUAGUUUCAAAUAAUGUUGGAAACUCCUACAAACUGAGCAUAGACAAACUAAAUAUACAGGACUAUGGUGAGUAUAGCUGUAGAGCUGAAAACAGUUUGCAGAAAGAUGUAACACAAACAUUACAAGUCUCAGGUUGUCCAGCCCCUCCAACUAUCAUCAGUGAUGAGUACAGCAACCAGAAGUACAGCUACGAACUUCUAUGGACUGUACAGUCAUAUUAUCCAAUUGUACAGCAAGAGGCAGUGCUAUUGUACAAUCAUCAGUUUAAUGAGAGUGGAUCAGGAGAGGAGGAGGUUAAAAGAAUAAAGUUAAGUGGGGGAGAUCCACCCUUUAGCUACAACUUCAAGGGACUCAAGAAUAAUGGAACAUUCAGAGUACGAGUGAAGAGUAAGAAUGAGUUUGGUUGGGGACCCUACUCUUCUGUAUUUACAUUUUAUAUGUUCCCGAGAGAGAAACUACCAAUGGAGAUCAAGGAAUCCAAAACUGUCGAAAAAAACGCUCCUCUCACUUCAGACCAAUCUCCAGUUUCUCAUUCCUCUCUCUUCUCUUCUCUCUUCUCUCUACUCUUCUCCUUCCUUCUCAGAUUUUAGUUUGUUUAUCGAACUAAUCAAUAACUAAUAUAAUUUUACCCUUAACAGUUUUGUUAAAGAGACUGAAAGUGUAAUUUCAAAUGACCCAGCAUGCAAAGAUACAAAAAUAAAGUCUGUUUUUUAGUUUUUAAAGUUUUUUAUUCUGAUAAUUGGGUCCUAUAAGUUUCAUGAAGUAGAAAUGCGCAAGUCACUUUUGUUUGGAAACCACAAUAGAAAAUAAUCAGUUUUGAAAUUAUAAACAUUAAUG